UGAUCUUCAACAUGGCGACGCCCUUGAUUCCCUACAGAAAGGGGCGGAGCCUGGACGGGGUGGGGGCAGGCUCACAUUCAGGUUAACUUGCGAAUUGAGCUCGCAGUUACAGACAGCUGACCAUGGAAGCGAACGGGUUGGGACCUCAGGGUUUUCCGGAGCUGAAGAAUGACACAUUCCUGCGAGCAGCCUGGGGAGAGGAAACAGACUACACUCCCGUUUGGUGCAUGCGCCAGGCAGGCCGUUACUUACCAGAGUUUAGGGAAACCCGGGCUGCCCAGGACUUUUUCAGCACUUGUCGCUCUCCUGAGGCCUGCUGUGAACUGACUCUGCAGCCACUGCGUCGCUUCCCUCUGGAUGCUGCCAUCAUUUUCUCCGACAUCCUUGUUGUACCCCAGAUGUUUUCUCCCCCUCCAGGCACUGGGCAUGGAGGUGACCAUGGUACCUGGCAAAGGACCCAGCUUCCCAGAGCCACUAAGAGAAGAGCAGGACCUAGAACGCCUACGGGAUCCAGCAGUGGUAGCCUCUGAGCUAGGCUAUGUGUUCCAAGCCAUCACCCUUACCCGACAACGACUGGCUGGACGUGUGCCGCUGAUUGGCUUUGCUGGUGCCCCAUGGACCCUGAUGACAUACAUGGUUGAGGGUGGUGGCUCAAGCACCAUGGCUCAGGCCAAGCGCUGGCUCUAUCAGAGACCUCAGGCUAGUCACCAGCUGCUUCGCAUCCUCACUGAUGCUCUGGUCCCAUAUCUGGUAGGACAAGUGGCGGCUGGUGCCCAGGCAUUGCAGCUGUUUGAGUCCCAUGCAGGGCAUCUUGGCCCACAGCUCUUCAACAAGUUUGCACUGCCCUACAUCCGUGAUGUGGCCAAGCGAGUGAAGGCCAGGUUGCGGGAGGCAGGCCUGGCACCAGUGCCCAUGAUCAUCUUUGCUAAGGAUGGGCAUUUUGCCCUGGAGGAGCUGUCCCAGGCUGGCUAUGAGGUGGUUGGGCUUGACUGGACAGUGGCCCCAAAGAAAGCCCGGGAGUGUGUGGGGAAGACGGUGACAUUGCAGGGCAACCUGGACCCCUGUGCCCUGUAUGCAUCAGAGGAGGAGAUUGGGCAGCUGGUGAAGCAGAUGCUGGAUGACUUUGGGCCACAGCGCUACAUUGCCAACCUGGGCCAUGGGCUUUAUCCUGACAUGGACCCAGAACAUGUGGGUGCCUUUGUGGAUGCUGUGCAUAAACACUCACGUCUGCUUCGACAGAACUGAGUGUACACGUUUACCCUCAAGUACCACUAACAGAUGAUUGAUCAUUUCCAGGACAAUAAAAGUUUCAGUGUUGAA